AUAAUGCUGAUGCUACUGCUUAGUCUAAGGGUAACCCUACUUUGAAUAAUGGUCGAAGCUAAUGCUAAUGCUACUUAGGCUAAGGCUAACCCUAAUUCCAUGGCUAAUGCUAUUGCUAAUGCUAGCACUACUGUUUAGGCGAAGGCUAACACUUAUCUAUCAAUGCUAAUGCAAAUGCUAAUGAAAAUGAAUAGAAGCGAAAUAAUUCGCAUAAGUAUGCAGAAUGUCGAAACCAACAACCGGAAAAUUGAAAGCCAGAGGUCAGCCGCAUGUCACGUUCACAAUAAUUGCAAUCGUGCCACGCUGCACGCUUCAGCUGUAAAUCAAGGACAGUCAACAGGGACAAGAAACGCUGUGUGGGUGGGGCAAAAAUAGAAAAAAAAAAAGAAAAUUAAACAAACUUUGCCAAAGUCAAAGCGACAGAUUAAAGCUCUCACCUGACACAAUUUAUUAGCGGCAGCCGCUGUGUGUAGAUUUACAUAUUUCUGUAUACACUUGCAUGCAUACAUAUAUUCAACGUAAAUUGAAUUAAUCUCUGAGCUCAUUUUGCUCCAGCUAAGCUGCCGCAACAGCAGCAACAACAACGACAACAAGUCCCACCUGUGUUACGCCCAUAAACACUUCACAGUGGGCCAAGCGGGCGGCCAAUGCCAUCAGUGCUAGCAACAACAGCAACAACAAAAGCAACAGUUGCAGCUGUCAAUUGGCCAGGCUGUUGCUGCCAUUCAACAACAAGCAACAAAUUAGGGACGGAAACGGAAGGCGUCAAGUCGUUACAGCUGUUGUUGCUAAUGCUGUUGCUGCUGCUGUUGCCCAGCGGCAACUUUAUAAACAUGUGUGUGUGUGACUCUUACUUUUUCGUGUUUAAAAUUAGCAACGCAUAAUAAAACCGGCAAUAAAUGCAAUAAGCUAAACGACGGCAACAGCUCUAGAACUAAUGCAAUUGCUAAUGUUAAUGGUAAUACGAAUGCUAGUACGAAUUAUACUGCUAACGCUACUAUUUAGGCUAACGCUAACCCUAAUUCGAAAAUCGGCUAGGCUAACGAUAAUACGAAUGCUAAUGCUAACACUAUUGUUUAGGCGAAGGCUAACUCUAAUCUAUCAAUGCUAAUGCAAAUGCUAAUGAUGACGCCUUCUGAGAAACGAAAGGCGUCAAGUCGUUACAGUUCCUGCUGUUGUUUCCCAGCGUCAACUAUAUGAACAUGUGUGUGUGUGACUUUUACUUGUUUGUGUUUAAAAUUAACAAUACAUAAUGAAGGCAGUAAUGAAGGCAGUAAUUGCAAUAAUUUAAACGACGGCAGCAGCUCUAGAACUUUUUAUAGAUAUGCAACUGUUGAUGAACCCAAUCCAUCCAACCAAAAAAAAAAUGAAUGAAAGAAAAACAUACCUCUAAAAAGCAGAAAGCAGAUAAUCAGCUACUGGCAAUGAAACCCAAAUGAGCUAAAAAUCGACAUCAGCAACAUCAACAAAAUCGACAGCAACAGCAGCGAAUAUUUAAAUUAAAUUAACUAUAAUUAUUGCGGCUGGGGCGGAACAGCAGAGCGGAUAAAUUGGUCUAGGUGAUGGUCGAAUUAAUGCGACAUGCUGUGCAGCAGCAGCAGCAACAUUCGCACUGGCAGCAGCAGGACGCCAGCAACAGCAAUAUUAACAGGCAGAUGAACUGGAGAAAAUGGCAGCUAAGGCGUGGCAGUAGCAAAACAAAAGUAAAGCUGAAACGUAGAAGGACAACAGCAACAUUAGCUGCCAGGCCAACUGAAGGCAGCAAAAAGCGUGAUUCCAAAAUUUCAGCAACAGCAACAACAGCAGCAGCAAUAGCUGCAACAACAGCAACAGCAGCUGCAACAACAGCAACAGCAGAAACAGAAUAUGCUUCUGACAAUUGUAAUAUCGAUGGAGCAUUGGAUAUUGCCGAAACUGACAACAACAACUGCAACACUGCCAACAGCAACAUAAUUCACAAUAGCAAUAUAAGAAGAAGUUUCACAGCAGCAACAACAACGCGAGCCGCGAGAAAGUCGACGAAUAUGUGGAUGUUGCUGCCAAUUUUGCUAAUUUAUGCAUGUCCAGGCAGCGAGGCGCUGCGGCUCACCAAUGGCGGCAACAGCCUCAGCAAGGGCGUCGGUGCCAACAAGGAGCAGCUGAAUAUCGGACUGAUUGCGCCGCACACGAACUUUGGAAAGCGCGAGUAUUUGCGUAGUAUUAACAAUGCGGUCACCGGGCUAACAAAGACACGGGGAGCCAAGCUCACCUUCCUCAAGGACUACUCGUUCGAGCAGAAGAAUAUCCAUUUCGAUAUGAUGUCCUUGACGCCGAGUCCAACCGCCAUCCUCAGCACGCUAUGCAAGGAAUUCCUGCGGGUCAACGUAUCGGCCAUCCUGUACAUGAUGAACAACGAGCAGUUCGGUCACAGUACCGCAUCGGCGCAGUAUUUCCUGCAGUUGGCCGGAUAUCUGGGCAUACCGGUGAUCUCGUGGAAUGCGGACAAUUCGGGCCUGGAGCGCCGGGCCUCGCAGUCGACACUGCAGCUGCAGCUGGCGCCGAGCAUCGAGCACCAGAGCGCUGCAAUGCUCAGCAUAUUGGAGCGCUACAAAUGGCAUCAGUUCUCGGUGGUCACCUCGCAGAUUGCCGGCCACGAUGACUUUGUGCAAGCGGUGCGGGAACGGGUCGCCGAGAUGCAGGAUCAUUUCAAGUUCACCAUACUCAAUUCGAUUGUCGUGACACGGACCAGCGAUUUGAUGGAGCUGGUUAACAGCGAGGCACGUGUCAUGCUGCUUUAUGCCACACAGACGGAGGCCAUCACGAUUUUGCGUGCCGCCGAGGAAAUGAAACUAACGGGUGAGAACUAUGUCUGGGUCGUCAGCCAGUCGGUUAUUGAGAAGAAAGAUGCACACUCCCAAUUCCCCGUCGGCAUGCUGGGGGUACAUUUCGAUACGAGCAGCGCUGCGCUCAUGAACGAGAUCUCGAAUGCCAUCAAGAUCUACAGCUACGGCGUCGAGGCCUAUCUAACCGAUCCGGCCAAUCGUGAUCGUAGGUUGACCACCCAGUCGCUGUCGUGCGAGGACGAGGGUCGUGGCCGCUGGGACAACGGCGAGAUCUUCUUUAAGUAUUUGCGCAACGUGUCGAUCGAGGGCGACCUGAACAAGCCGAAUAUUGAGUUUACCGCCGAUGGCGACCUUAAGUCAGCCGAGCUAAAGAUCAUGAAUCUGCGACCCAGCGCCAACAAUAAGAAUCUCGUCUGGGAGGAGAUUGGCGUUUGGAAAUCGUGGGAGACACAGAAGCUUGAUAUACGCGACAUUGCGUGGCCAGGUAACUCGCACGCUCCGCCGCAAGGUGUGCCCGAGAAAUUCCAUUUAAAGAUCACAUUCCUCGAGGAGGCACCCUAUAUCAAUCUGUCACCCGCCGAUCCAGUGAGUGGCAAGUGUCUCAUGGACCGCGGUGUGCUCUGCCGUGUGGCGGCCGAUCACGAGAUGGCCGCCGAUAUUGAUGUGGGUCAAGCACACCGCAACGAGUCCUUCUAUCAAUGCUGCAGCGGCUUCUGCAUUGAUCUGCUCGAGAAAUUUGCCGAAGAACUGGGCUUCACCUACGAGCUGGUCAGGGUUGAAGAUGGUAAAUGGGGUACACUUGAGAAUGGUAAAUGGAAUGGUUUAAUUGCCGACUUGGUUAACCGCAAGACGGACAUGGUCCUCACAUCUCUCAUGAUCAACACCGAGCGCGAAGCGGUCGUCGAUUUUAGCGAGCCCUUCAUGGAAACGGGCAUUGCCAUUGUGGUCGCCAAGCGCACCGGCAUCAUCUCGCCCACGGCCUUUCUGGAGCCCUUCGAUACGGCCUCCUGGAUGCUGGUUGGUAUCGUCGCUAUUCAGGCGGCCACGUUCAUGAUAUUCCUGUUCGAGUGGCUGUCGCCCAGCGGCUACGACAUGAAGCUGUACCUCCAGAACACGAAUGUCACGCCCUACCGCUUCUCGCUGUUUCGCACCUAUUGGCUCGUCUGGGCGGUUCUCUUCCAAGCGGCUGUUCACGUGGACUCGCCGCGCGGUUUCACCUCGCGCUUUAUGACCAAUGUCUGGGCCCUGUUCGCCGUUGUCUUCCUUGCCAUCUACACUGCCAACCUGGCGGCGUUCAUGAUAACCAGAGAGGAGUUCCACGAGUUUAGUGGACUCAACGAUAGCCGCCUAGUGCAUCCCUAUUCGCACAAGCCCUCGUUCAAGUUCGGCACGAUACCCUAUAGCCACACGGACUCCACCAUCCACAAAUAUUUUAAGGAGAUGCAUUACUACAUGAAGCAAUAUAAUAAGACAAGCGUUGCCGAUGGCGUUGCCGCUGUGCUGAACGGCAACCUGGACUCCUUUAUCUAUGACGGCACCGUAUUGGACUAUUUGGUUGCCCAGGAUGAGGACUGUCGCCUGAUGACCGUCGGCAGCUGGUACGCCAUGACCGGCUAUGGCUUGGCGUUCAGCCGCAACUCCAAGUACGUGCAGAUGUUCAACAAGCGGCUGCUGGAGUUUCGCGCUAACGGGGAUUUGGAGCGAUUACGUCGCUAUUGGAUGACAGGCACCUGCCGGCCGGGCAAGCAGGAGCACAAGUCCUCCGAUCCACUGGCCCUCGAGCAGUUUUUGUCCGCCUUCCUCCUACUGAUGGCCGGCAUCCUGUUAGCCGCACUCCUGCUGCUGCUCGAGCACGUCUACUUCAAGUACAUACGCAAGCGCCUGGCCAAGAAGGAUGGCGGUCAUUGCUGCGCGCUCAUCUCCCUGUCCAUGGGCAAGUCGCUGACCUUUCGCGGCGCCGUUUACGAGGCAACCGAAAUACUGAAGAAGCAUCGCUGCAACGAUCCCAUUUGCGACACGCACCUCUGGAAGGUCAAGCACGAGCUGGACAUGUCCCGCCUUCGGGUGCGUCAGCUCGAAAAGGUGAUGGACAAGCACGGCAUCAAGGCGCCGCAACUGAGACUGGCUUCAUCUUCGGAUCUGCUCAACCAUCAUCAUCUCAAGGAGCGACCGCCCUUGCUCGGAAAUCUCAGCCUGGCUGCCAGCGCACAAGAUCUAUACAGGUCUUACAAAACGGAAAUCGCCGAAAUGGAAACGGUACUCUGAAGCGAUUGGAAUGAAUCAUAUUGUUG